GGAAGUGGCGCGCAGGUCAACUGUUGAAUGAGUAUAUCCUGACGUUGUUAUCCGUCCUGUAGCACCUGACCUCCUCUUCUAUUAUCAAUACAAUAUAUUUACAGUUAUCAUCGCACAACACGGAGGAGCGGCUCAGGACGGCUCGGUGCUCAUCACCUCUUUUCAUCGGGAGUAACCGUGAGAGAUCGUCAUGAAGCCUGGACGCCUGCAGCCCAGCCAGGGGAAGAGGUCCGCCCGGCCCAAGAAGGCCGCCGCGCGUAGGGAUUGGGUUAGCACCGUCAACGACCUCUCUGUGCACAAGUCGACGCCAGCCGAACUGGUCCACCGCCAUGAGAUCCACAAGUCCCACAACUCUGCGGUGGCCCAGUGGGAGCUGAAGGAGAAGAGUGUCAGGAGGCGCCACAGGGUCCUGGGGACCCCCUCCCCCAUGGACCAGGCCAGCCUCAGCAUCAUCCGGGAGGUGUUCUCUGACCAGCUCUUGCUCCAGGAUGUGUUGGCUCGCUCAGACAGAGCAAUGGCCGUGGUCAAGGACCUUUUCGGAGACGCCCCGCGCAGACAGACAGGACACCCCAGGGUGACGAUGGCUCCGGACUGUGAUUCUGACUCUGAGCUGCCGGUGGUCCGGAGAGCCGACCCCCCCACCCAGCUGUCUCUCCUCAGCCACACAACAAUGAAUCAGCAGGCGCUGAAUGAUCUGGAAGAGUGUGAGGCAGAGUCCCGGGAAGAGGAGCCGCCUCCCGCUGCCGUCGCUGGUCCAAGACCCAGGUCUGACCUGUGCCGGAUGAGAACCAGGACGGGGCCGGCCGGAGGGCCCCCAGGUCCAAGGGCCAAGCCCAGCUCCAGGUCCAGAGGGUGGGGGGCCAGCGGGCAGACCCCCCCCAGGGCCCCAGCAACAGCUCCAGACCCAGCAGGCCUCAACACCACGGUAGCAGUGCAGCGAGUGUGCACCCGAACCAGCCAAUCAGAGGCAGGGCAGGAGGCGGGGCCUGGCGUCCAGGACUCGCUGAGCUCAUCAGCACGGCCCGGUGCUGCCCCCUGCAGGCAGAGGAAGACCCCCGCCGCGCCGCGCCCCCCUGAGACCCCCGGGCCGAUGGACGGGUCCGCCGUCUCCCUGAGCGGGACCCGGUCCAGCCUGGACCUGCUGCAGGGCAUGCUGGGCCGGGUGGAGGAGGACCUGGACUCCAUGGGCCCCCAGGAGCCAGAGAGAGAGGGCCAGCCCUCCUCUGGGGCCGGACCGCCCCCCAGGACCCAGGGCCUCACAGGCUUCUCCGUGGCGCUGGUCUCCACCCUGGGCCGGGUGGUGCAGCUCCUCAGACAGAGGGAGGAGGAGGCGCAGAGGGAGGUGGGUGAGAGGAGGCGUCUGGAGGAGGUGGUGCUGGAUCAGAGGGGGCUGAUAGAUGCCCUCAGCGCAGAGAGCCUGGCCCUGAGAGAGGAGAGCGCCGCCCUGCAGGUGUGUCUCCUUCAGCGGUCCUCUGAGCUGGAGCAGCGGCUGGACACUGUGGUGCAGGCACUGGGAGGACUGGACCUACAGGGAGGACUCCUGGGUGGUCCUAAUGACUCUCUCCCACUCUCCCAUAGCCCAGAUUAUGGGAGUGACUCGCUGUAUGCCGGGUUCGAGCCCCGCCUGACCCAAGGCCCAGCCUCCUCUGCUGUCCUGCUCUCCCCUCCCCAGCAGAGAGACCACCUGCCCCACGGCCCCCCAGAGCGCGGCCCCAGUCCACGCUACGACCGCCCCCGGCACGGCGCCCGGGGUCACCGGGAGGUCGCCAGCCUCUCCUCCUCCACCCUCCCCCCGGCCUCCGUGACCUCUGACCCCGAGGGACGGCCCGCCCUCUCAGAGGAGGCCCUGGUGGCGGAGAUCACGCGGCUGAGCCAGCAGAACCAGCGCAUCAAGGAGCAGCUCACCCAGGCCAGGGCUCUGGGGUCGGCCCUCAGCCGCUCCCCAGACCCAGGCACUGCCACAGCCUCCUCCUCCUCCUCCUCCUCCUUUUCCUCCUCCCAGGCCAGGGGUUCCUGGUCCUCUGGCAGCACGGGGCCGGGGUCCCGGGGCGGGAGGGCUGAGUCUGCUGGCCCACAGAGGGAGACCCAGCAGGAGCCCCUGACGGGAGGAGGACCGCUGCAGUCUCCGGAGGCUGCAGGCUCGUGUGCGUCCAGCGGGGGAAGUGUGGAGCGGCGCCUCCUGGAGCUCAACAGGCAGAGUGCGGCGGCGAGAGGCCGACUGCUGGAGCUCAUAGAGCAGCAGAAGCAGAGCGCCUCCCCCGUCUCCCCCUCCAUCUCCCCCAUCCCACCCUCUGCCUUCAGCCCCCUCUCAGAAGGAGGAAGGACCCCAGAGUCGUCCAUCUCACUGCCUGACCAGCAGAGGUCCCAGGGCCGCGCUGGGAACCAGCUACUUGCAGCAGUGAGCCAGGACAGCAGCAGGCCCAAGGAGGGGGGCGGUGACGGCUGGUUCGCCUUGUCCUCUCACCUUCACUAGAGGAGGAGCCGUGAUGUUGUCCAGGGACUUCUCUAGGUGUUUAAGUGCCAUAUGCUGUGAUUCGUCAUCCAUCGCUCUAUGCAGUUUCUCUCUGUAUUUUAAAACCAAUAAAUAUUUAAGAGGUUUUUUUCAAAAGCU